GCCGAUGGAUAGUAAACAAUCGAUUGUUCGACGUUAGUGGUUUCUAUUCUUAAAAUCGUUCCAAUUCUCUCGCUAAAAAUGGACACAGGACACAGAUCUCGACGUAGUUCACGAAGAAUGAAAGAAGAACCACCCAUCGACAUAGUAGACAUCAAAUUAGAACCACUAGAGAUCGAUGAUAUGAACAAUUACUCAUCGUUGGCCGUUGGCACUUCCCAAGAAGCAAAAAGCACAGGGACAACCAAACGAAAAUACAUGAAAUCACGAGCCACUCAAGUCAAACCGAAUUAUUACGGGAAUGAUAGUUUGAAUGUACCCAGCGUGUCUGGUGAGAACGAGCCAAUUAACCCAGUUUGUGGCGAACCCAUCGUACCACAAUGUCGAUUUUGUUUGCGAAGAGUUUCACGUGCGAAUCUCAAAAUAAUUCUUCCCAAACAUAAGCCUAAGGCACUAGCUGCCUUGAAAAUAAAAGUCUUCCCUGGAGAUGCAUAUCCGUUCGCAUGCUGCAACUGCUUGAACCUAAUAGAAAUAAUUUUGGAUUUUAAAAACACCGUGUCGAAAGCAAAAUACUUGCUGCUACAUGAGCGGAUGUACCUGGAGAGUGAAGGAUGGGACGAGGCGGAUAGUAUUGAUGCAAUUUCCAAAUGUAGAACUGUAGUGGAGAAACAUAAGAAUCAGAUCGAUUUAAUCCACGAGGAAAACGUAAAGCGAAAACAAUCCGAUUUGAAAUACAGUGUUGUAGAUGAUUUCAAACAGCUUGACGAUUCGGAGAAUCUUCAGCAUGAUGAACCCGGGAAAAGUCAGCAUGACGAUCUUGAAGAUCACCAGCACGGAAUUCCGAUUAUAAAAUGUGUUGAAUCGCUGAGGGUAGAAACGGUUCCGGAUGAACUCAUCCAUCAGGUGUCCGAGGAAAAAGAUUCGAUAAUGCAUUCCUCAGGUGAUGAAAAUGAGGAAUCAGAUUACGAGCCAUCAUCGGAUUCGCAAGAAGAUGAUGUUGGUAAAGUUUUAAAGAAAGCUGAAAAGCCUAAACAGCCCAGAACAAACAAUAAAGAGAAGCGAUCAGAAUCUGCACCUCGUGGCGAAUUAUGUGACCUUUGUGGACAGCGAGUAUGUGCACAGGCAGCAGAAUCGCAUAAAAAUCGUCAUUUAGGAAUUAAACCCUACAAAUGCCCAUCGGAAGGUUGUGAGUUGACUUUCUACAGCAGAGCGAAUCAAGUAUCACACGUAAAGCGUAUACACGAUGAAAAUGGAGUUCCAAUACACAAGUGUGAUAUCUGUGGGCGGUAUAUUCGGGGAGCCCUGAAAGUAAUUAACUAUCACAAGCGCAAGCAUGAGCAAAAGAAAGAGCACGUAUGUCAGUUUUGCGGAAAAGGAUUUACGAUGCGGCAGUAUUUGAAGCAGCAUGUCACCGUUGUGCAUACUGAGGUAUUUCCGCACGGAUGCAGCUAUUGUGGGAAAAAGUUCAAAUUAAAGUGGAGCAUGCUAGCGCAUGAGAAAAAUGUUCAUGAAAAGAAACUCUCUGCCGCAACGACACAGGAACAACAAUCAUCUAAUUGCGAAUUGGCGCAGGAUAGAAGUAAUGAUUAUGUGUAAAUAAAUG